AAGGACACCAAAAAUAGAGGGGCAAACAAUCCUUGUCCGUUAACAUCUACUAUCUUUGUUAACACCCUAUCGAUCAUAGUCAGUCUAUUUCUCUUUGGGCACAACUUCCAAGGAAAGGGAUUGAGAAGUAAGAUUUUGCUUGGCUUCUAGGUAAUACAAUCAUGAUAGGAUAAGAUCUCCAAAAUCUUAUUAUAUACUGCUUUUAAAUUUACAAAUCACUCUUAUAAUAAUACUAUUUACAAUAAUUUCUUAUCACAAAAUCCGAUGACAAAAUCUCACGAUGAUUAAAGACGACGACAGAGACUCCCUUCUAAAUUCGUCCAACUGGACGUAGAUUCUAAUUUAAGGUUAUUGUUCGAUUUCCUUUCAAAUAUACCCGCCACAUCAAAAGACUUGCAUUUUGACGUAGCUAAUUAAUUUCUUCAUUGGGUAAAGUCUCAAUUGCCCUUGCUGCCAAUUUCGAGGGAUGUGGACGUGGUGGGUCGUUGCUCCCUGACGACACAUCAAGCUUUACUGGAGAGAAAAAUGCCGAAUCCAAUGGUGAUUUCGUGUGGUUGAUGAUAUAAAGUCCGCAUUGGAAAAUGUGUGCCUCCGCGUGGUGUCAUGAUAUAUUGGCCUUUGGCCCUUUGCUGCCAGAGAUUCUGUUGCCAUGGAUCCCAUACAAAAGGGCAAGCAAGGCGCACCAUAUUCAGGCCCGGGAUAUACAAUGAGACCAACGUGGACAGAUCCUUUGCCAAAACAAGGGAAUCCAACUGCCCAAAAACCUAUGGCUCAGGAAACAAUAAUUUGGCUCCACUUGAUCUUCAAAGCCCUACAGUUUUCGACAACCACUACUACAAAACCCUAAUCAAGAACAAAGGUCUCCUCUGGUCUGAUCAGCAGCUCUUCGACGGUGGUUCCACCAAUUCCACAGUGCGCGCCUACAGCAAAAGCUACGAUACCUUCAGUUCCGAUUGCGAGUGCCAUGAUCAAGAUGGGAGAUAUCAAACCCCUCACUGGAUCUCAUGGGGAUAUUAGGAAGAAUUAUAGGAAACCUAAUUAAGCUUAGUACGUGGGUACUUAAGCCUGACUUCAGCCUAAAGGCAUAUGUCUUAAGAAUAAAAUUGUUUUGGGAAAGUAUAACUCAUGACCUUAUCAUCUUGUUAAGGUCUACUAUAAAUAUUCUUCACUUUUUAUAAGCAAAUAUUCAUUUCAA